AAAUCCACCAGAUAUUUGUCAAUUGCAAAGUCCGCCCCAGUUUCAACAACCUUCAACUAGUUCUUGUGAUUAAUUGGAAAUGGCUACAAUGUUGCGGAGCGUCCUUUUGGCCGAAAGCGUUCUCCUGAAAAACGGACCAAAGAUUUUGGGCUCUGCAAGUUGGCAGCCACAGCAGCAACAGAAGCGAAAUUUAAAUGUUCACGAACAUAUCAGUUACACCCUUCUCAAGGAUGCUGGUAUCCAGGUCCCCAAAUUCGGGGUUGCCAAGACCAAGCAGGAGGCGCGCAAAAUCGCCGAAGACUUGAAAACCAAAGACAUUGUACUUAAAGCGCAAGUUUUGGCAGGUGGCAGGGGCAAAGGUCACUUCAAGAACGGACUCAAGGGUGGAGUCAGGAUGGUUUAUUCGCCAGAAGAGGCCGAGGACAUUGCUGGGCAAAUGCUUGGCCAAUAUUUAGUCACUAAACAAACUGGGGAAAAGGGGCGCAUCUGCAACGCUGUUAUGGUCGCAGAGAGGAAAUUCCCCAGGAAGGAAUUCUACUUUGCAAUUAUGAUGGAACGCGCGUUUGGCGGUCCUGUAAUAAUAGCUUCCUCCCAAGGAGGUAUCAACAUUGAAGAAGUGGCUGCUGAGAAUCCCGCCGCUAUUUUGUACGAACCAAUCGACAUUGUCAAAGGUUUGAGCAAAGAACAAGCCCAAAAAGUGGCCGUCAACGUCGGUUUGGGGUCUCAGAAGGAGAAAACUGGUGACAUGUUGCUAAAAAUGUACGAUUUGUUUUGCAAGAAGGACGCCCUCCUGAUUGAGAUCAACCCUUAUGCCGAAGAUGCGGGAGAAACAUAUUUCUCGCUUGAUGCAAAAUUCCGAUUUGACGACAACGCUGCUUUCAGACAGAAAGAUUUGUUUGCUUUGCGUGAUUGGACCCAAGAGGACGAGAAAGAGGUGGCUGCGGCCAAAUUCGAUCUCAACUACAUUGCUCUCGACGGCAGUAUUGGGUGUCUUGUGAAUGGGGCUGGUCUUGCCAUGGCCACCAUGGACAUUAUCUCUCUGCAUGGUGGCUCCCCUGCUAAUUUCCUGGACGUGGGAGGUGGGGCCACAGCCCAGGCUGUCAAAGAAGCCUUCAAAAUUAUCACAGCGGAUCCCAAAGUUCACGCAAUUCUUGUGAAUAUUUUCGGCGGUAUUAUGAGGUGUGAUGUCAUAGCGGAGGGUAUUAUUGCCGCUGCUAAAGAACUCAACCUCAAAAUGCCGAUUAUUUGCCGUUUGCAAGGCACGAAUGUCGACGAUGCCAAAGUUUUAAUUGCCAGCUCAGGGUUGAAGAUUUUGCCAGUUGAUAACCUUGAUGAAGCGGCUCGUUUGGCUGUUAAACUGUCUAAUAUUGUCAGUCUGGCGCGCGAUGCGAAGCUAGAUAUCAAUUUUGAGAUUCCAUUGUAAAUUAAAGUUACCAAUAUUUCACUAAUAUAAAUUUUGCUUGGAUCAUCUGACUUUUUAAGGUGAUUUUAGAGUGUUUUUCAUGCACAUAUUCAUUUUACAAUAUGCGACAUGGAACAAUGCAGUGGUGUGUAUAUUGUUGUAAUUAAUAUUUAUUUAUCUACAUGUUAAGAAUAAAUUAUUCCACGAAAACAA